CUUGUAGGAACCCAAUAAAUGUAUUCACGGCACGUAUUGACUACCUAUCUUACCGUGUCAACUAAAUAAUGUAUCCUGUUGUGUUGAAGCAGAUUCUGUGGCUAGUAUUCCUUGUAAUUUUGGUCGCAGGAGAAGAACACACGGUAAAAAAAACCGUAUGUAUACUUGAAACACACCGGAGCGUGAAGUAUACCUGUAAGAGACCAGAUUCAGACAGUUUUGAGGAAUGUGGAGAUUCCGAGCCAGUCGGUACUGUAGUGCAGUCACAGUGUCGCGAAGGCUACUACAGCCCCUCGGCUUUGCCUCUCAUGCGAUGUCAUGAAAGAGUGUGGGACUUCAUAGCAACAUGCAUACCAGAAUGUGGCAUUGUAUCUGCCAAUGCGAACACUGUGCCGUGGUUUGCAUAUAUUUACGAAGAAUUACCAAUGGAAUACCGAGGACGGUGUGGUGGUACUAUCAUCUCGAAUCACGUCGUCGUGUCAGCGGCGCACUGUUUUGGGACCACUCGUACGUACAAUGCUUUAGACUAUGCGGUAGUGGUCCAACCGUUUAGUCCGACAUUUUUGGGAAAAGAUCUCGCAGCAAAGGGGACUUUGUACACCUCAAUACAUCGUGUCCGAAAAAUCGAUAUACCUGUUCUUUACAAGGGCGAACUGACUAACUAUCAAUACGACAUAGCGUUACUGACAUUGCAAACUCCAGUGGUCUUCUCGGCGGGUGUCAUGCCAGCUUGCCUGGACUUCCAAAAGAACUUCGAUAAAUAUCAGCUAACGGCUGGCAACGUCGGAACGGUCCCUGUGUGGAGCAGUCCCGUGACUGAAAAUUCCGUGCUGUCAUUACAUGAGUACCCUUUCAUUACUACUGAGACAUGCCUGGAUAAGGCACCUCCUACUUUCCAGGGAUACAUAACAGGAGACAAAUUUUGUGCUGGCCUAGAUAACCGUACGAUGAUCCAUCGAGGCAACAGCGGCUCAGGACUCACGUUCCCUUCGACAGAACGACUCCUCACUCGCCACUACCUCCGAGGGAUCGUGUCGAUAUCACCCGAAGGGAGUCAUCAUCCUCCGAGCCUUUUCCCAACUAUUUUGGGGUCGGUUUCCGAAGGGAGUAUUGAGCAAUAUUGGACCCCCAAUGAUUUUGUCACCUUCACUAAAAUUUCUAGCUUCGAACAUUUUAUAAAAAGCAAUUUAUAAGUUACUAGCUUCCGCCCGCGGCUUCGCUCGGGUAGAGUUCGGUUAUAUCGCGUUUCCAAGAGAAUUCUUCAAAAGUCCGGGAUAAAAACUAUCCUCGUUUCUUUCUCAAGGUCAACUCUAUCUCGGUUCCAAAUUGUUUUAAAACCAGUUCAGUGGUUUAGACGUGAAAGCGUAACAGACAGACAGAGCUACUUUCGCAUUUAUAAUAUUAGUAGG